AUGGCGCCCAAACUCCCCACAACAUGGGGCGCCAUCCAACUACCGCCCUCAUUCCUCCUCCCAGACAUCCUGCUUCCAUUGACCGCGAAACGCGGCGUGAAAUAUGGAUGGACGACCGCUCCAGCGCGCGGAAAACCAAACCGCUUCAACCAAAAGACCGCCGGUCUGCCCGUCCUCGAACACUCUCCCGCCGCGGCCCUCAAACGCAAAGACUUCACCUUACCGCUAAGAACGGGCGCUCUAGCCGUCAAGAAAGGGAUGACCGCGCUCUACGAUCCAGAGACGGGCGUCAGGACGCCGUGUACGGUGCUGCAGGUCGAUCGACUACAGGUCGUGGCUCACAAGACGAGGGCCAAACACGGGUAUUUCGCCGUCCAGAUGGGAUCUGGGUGGAAGCACCCAAGUAAUGUGACGAGGCCCGUCCUUGGGCAUUACGCAGGCGCGGGCGUGGCGCCGAAGAGGCAGCUGGCGGAAUUCAGGGUGAAGGAUGAGAGGGGAUUGCUGUCUGUCGGGCAGAGCGUGGGGCCGGAGUGGUUUCUCGAGGGCCAGUUUGUGGAUACGCGGAGUAACUGUCGGGGGAUGGGGUUCGCGGGUGGGAUGAAGAGGCAUGGGUUUAAGGGGCAGCCGGCCAGUCAUGGGAAUUCGAAGAAUCAUCGCACGAUGGGGAGUUCGGGGCCGUCGCAGGGGGCGGGUUCGAGGGUGCACCCGGGGAAGAGGAUGCCAGGGAAUAUGGGGGGCCAGCAGGUUACGGUGCAGAAUGUUAGGGUGUUGAAGGUUGAUGCGGAGAAGGGGUUGAUUGUGGUGAAUGGAUGUGUGGCUGGACCGAAGGGGUGUGUUGUUAAGGUGCAGGAUGCUAUUAAGAAGCCUUGGCCUGUUAUUCCUUCGGUGGUGGAGGAGAUCAAGGAUGUGUUGAAGGAGACUGCAAAGGCGUAG